AUGGAAAAUUUAAUUAAUGUAGCACAAUUAAUCAUCACUAAAUAUCCUUUUGUAAAGUCUCCUAUUGGUUCUGCUAUGGGUGCUAUUGUUUGUUCUUUAAAAGACGCUUUCAAAAAUUUCAGAUGGAACAAGAAGAGGAAUCCAGCUACAUCUAGGAAGCAAUAUGAAGAAAAGAAAAUGCCUGGAGGUGAAGACAAAAUCUCUUUUUCAAGAAAUGUUAAAGCAUUACAAACUAAGUAUAAGAAGAAUCCAAAUUCUCAUUUAGUUAAUGAGCUCAUGACUUGUACUUUUAAGACAAGGCAUGAAGACACUAUUCAGAAUCCUUGUUAUGUAACUACAUUAUUUCAGAAGUAUCCUUUUCUUAAUGAUAUUAAACAGAGCAGCAAGUCAGUUCAUUUACAAAAUUACAUUAGCUACAAAUAUAUUUUCAUAUUGUUUGGUAGUAUUGAUUAUGAUGAGUAUCAUGGCGGACCACCAUUAGCUGUAGGGCCUCCACCACCACCACCACCACCUCCCAGAGGCCAUCCACCACCAGCUCUACCAUUAGUAGAUGAAGGUCCGCCACUUCCAGUAGAUGGAGAUGGUGGGCCUCCACUACCACCUCCUGGAGGCCCGCUACCACCACCAGCUCAACCAGUAGCUGGAGGUCGGCCACCUGAAGUAGCUGGAGAUGGAGGGCCUCCACCACCACUUCCCGGAGGCCCGCUACCACCACUAGCUCUACAAGCAGCUGGAUGUCUGCCACCUCCAUAUGCCAAUUUACAAAUGAGAGCUGGCAAGGGUGGAGGUAGGUGCCGUAGGCCAAGGUCCCAAGGGGCCUCAGUCAAGAACUAUAACUUUUAUUAA